AACAAAUCACAGCAAAUGAGACCAUUCUCGUUUAGAGGAUCGUUCGGAAAUGAUACACAGAUUCUAUUAGCCUGUUAUCACUCUGUCUUCCUGCUGAAUUGUCAGAUUACACGUUCUCAGUGUCAUUAGUGGUUUUGUGCAACUUUUGACACAUUAGUGCUGGCUAAAAAUGAACAAUUUUAAGUUUCCUUGUUUGACCCUGCUGCUGGUCUUGGCCGUUCCCCACACCAAUUCCGUAUACCUCCGAAUGAGCACCUAUGACCUUAUGAAAUGCUCGUAUGGUGAGCGAGGCUCUCUAACUGCGACCUGUGUAAACGCCACCUCCAGCUACUUCAAGAACACCCCUUACAGAUUUGACCACCUGGACGAGACCCUUCGCUGUGUAAACUGCUCAUUGCAGACUCUAGAAACCGGAAGUUUCGAUAUUUCCGGUAACCAAAUCAAAAACCUCGAUUUGUCCAAUAGUCUCAUCGAGAUCGUCAGACAGAAAGCCUUUGUUGGCUUGAUUUUCCUGCAGCGUUUGAUCCUUGCCAACAACGCUAUUAAGUCGAUCUAUCCGGGAACGUUCACCGGAGUGAAGAAAAUCACCUACGUGGACUUGGAGAAUAACUCAAUCAGUAUUUUAUCCGACGACGGUUUCCUCGAACUGAUCAAUUUAGAGGAGCUAAAUCUGCGACACAACGAAAUUAAAAGUAUCGCAACGUCGGCCUUCAACGGUUUGGUGCAUUUGCAAGAGCUGGAUUUGAGCUACAAUGCCAUCAGUGAUGUCAAUGGUGUUUUCAAUAAUCUGUCGAGUUUGAGACUUCUGGAUCUCAGCUAUAAUAAAAUUUCCGUGUUGACGGGGAAGGAGUUUGAUAAUUUGACGUCUCUGUUGGAGAUUCGAUUCAAGUUUAAUCACAUAACGACAAUUCCGGCGUCGGAAUUCUACUCGAUGAGUCGAUUAAGACGUUUAGAUUUAUCGUUUAACGCCAUCAGUGGAAUAAUGGCUGGUUCUUUCAAGGGUCUGCAUGCUUUGGAAAUCUUAGAUCUCAGCAACAACGUCAUCACGGAAGUGCCCCAGAAGACGCUGCAAAGUUUGCAUAAUCUCCAAUACUUGAACUUCUCCGACAACAGGUUAUCUAUAUUCCAGACGGGUCUAUAUUCAGGCUUGCCUCAGCUCCGAGUAUUAAAUUUCUCUCACAACGUUAUCGAGGAUAUUGAGAUUACCGGAGUGUUCUCCUUGGACAGCCUGGACACGCUGGACUUCUCCUUCAACAAUAUCUCCAAUGUAGAUUACGUCAGGCUAAUAUCCAGACUACCUAAAAUCGCAUAUUUAAAUCUGGAAGACAACUUUUUACCCUGCGGAUUAGAAAAAGAAAUGGAGGAUUAUUUCGCCGAAGAUAAUUUCAAGUUUAUUUUGUACAGAAAUGAGGCUAAUGUAAUUAAGUGCGUACAGACGGACGCGCUACCAAAGAACAAACAUACUUACCACAAAGACAGUUUGAUUAGAGCAGCUGAAAUGGGGGGCGGAAGUAGCGCAAAUGCUUGGAUUUUUGUAUUGAUUGGGAUCACCCUCGUCUUAGUUUGCGUUCUUUAUUAUCUACAACUUCGUACUUACCAAGAAAUGAGGUCUCUAUCAGUUAAGCGGACUACGUCCGAAGUCCAUUUGAUUUCUUCAGAUCUUGAAUCUAGAGAUAACGAUUAUUUGAAAGAGUAACCACUUGCAUGUACAUAAAAUUUUAGGAUUAUUGUGAGAUUUAAUGCUAAGCCACUACUUUACUACUGUAUAUUUUAUACAAAAAUAUUAAAUGUAAACGUAUUUUUAAUAAAGUUUAUUGCCCAACUAAAAGUCUAGAAUAAUACGUUUGUUUGUCACUACACAGAUGGUUGGAAAUAAAUUGAUUUCUUCCUUA